UCGGCUCCUGGGAGGCGGAGUUGGGAGGUAGAAAAGCCGGGAAGACCCGAGAGGCACUCAGAAAGGGACCUCGGAGUGGAAGCCGGACGCUGGAGGGCGUUUGUCGCAGGCCAGGCGGCGGGGUGACCCGGAGGUUCCGGGUUUCCCGACGGAGUUGGCGGCAGAGGUUGAGGGAAGGAGAAGGGAGAGCCCUGCCGAGGUGUGGGAACUAGGAGUACCCGCUUUCUCACUGUCACCCCCUCCCCACAGGGGCCUCUGAGGGAGCUGAGCGUGUCCUGUGGGUGCCCCGUCCGCAGCCCGCUUCCCGCCGCGAGACCUCCGGGCGAGAGGGCGCGGCGGGCGCGGUAACCGACCGCGGGAGCCGCCGGGCGGCGGGCAGCCGGGGCGCCGGUGCCCUGGAGAAAACGGGAUCUUCUCAAGAGACCAGAAAUGAAUGGAAUAUUAUCUUAAACAAGUCAAAAAUCUGUUACAACAUUUAUACUACUUGAAUGAAGAAAGGAAUAACUGAAAUCUCUUUAUUACAGAUUGAGAGAGAGAAGAUUACCAAACAAAUUAAAGAAGUAAAGGAAGAAAGAAAAUAUCUGGAAACAAUAAGAAAUGAACUAAUAUCAAAGCAAUAUCAUGCCUGUGAUAGUUGGAAGGAAAAAUACUUUGAAACAAAGGAAGUCACAGCAUCAUUGGAAGAAGUUUUAACAAAACAUCGAGAAGAUUUAGAACUCUAUUAUAAAAAAGUGCUCCUGCAACUUGAAGCCAGGGAGGUCAAUAUGAAACCAAAGAAUACGGCAAACACCACAGACUCUAAGAAUUCCCUUAUAAUCCAGAUCACUGAAGUACAGCAUGAAAUUGACCAACUUAAGAAAAAAUUAGUUAUUGAGAAAAUGAAGCACAUCAUAGAAGCUAAGAUGAGAAGACAAGCAAUUUCAGAUGUAGGCAUACUGAAAGCUGAACUCACAGAAUAAAAUUGAUACAUCUUUACAGCUGUUAGGUAUGUUAAUUUAAAACUUUUAUUUGUCAAAAAUAUUAAAUAUUUAUUUGGUCCGAUUUGUUAAAACUUUGUCCUCCUUGGCAAUGUUUUAUGUAAAUCAUAAGGUUUAUGUUUUUCACCAAAUCCUUUAGUACAGUGGUUGGCAAACUCAUUAGUCAACAGAGCCAAAUAUCAACAGUACAAUGAUUGAAAUUUCUUUUGAGAGCCAAAUUUUUUAAACUUAAACUUCUUCUAACGCCACUUCUUCAAAAUAGACUUGCCCAGGCCGUGGUAUUUUGUGGAAGAGCCACACACAAGGGGCCAAAGAGCUACAUGUGGCUGUGAUCCACAGUUUGCCAACCACGGCUUUAGUAUUACAAAGGAUUUUUGGAAAUAUUAGAUGUAUAAAAGUAAAAUGGUGUCUCUUUAGCUAUUUUUGAUGGUUUCAAAUCUAUUGCAUAUUAUUUGAAAAUUUUAUAUUUUAUAAUUUUUAAAUAGUUUUAAAAUUUAAUAUGACUGUAAAAUGUAAUUUAAAAUCAUAGUUUAGUACAUAUGAAUAUAUUUACAUAUAAAUCAAUAUUGUUUAAUUUAUUCAUUGUAUUUUAGUUGAAAGCAAUCUGGAAAUAGAAUAGGAAUAUUGAAUUUGCAUUCAGAGCUAUGACAGAGCUUAAUGUCUAAGAAUUUAAAUUAUUUUAGUAAUUUGUUUUAGAAAUAUAAAGAUAUUAGAAAUUCAGCAUAUUAUACGAAAAAUGGUUAGUCUUACUCUGCCAUAAUAAUUGUGUAAAUAGGAAAUGGAAUAUUCUAAUAACGGAUAACUUAAUCAUCAUGUAUUAUAUUUCCAUUUAGAGGAGAAAAAUGUGCAGAAAAUGCAGGAUUUGUAAGUCCAGAGUUCAAGGAUGCAGUCUUUUAAUCUAAGUAUUUUUAGGAACUAAUAUACUAGUAAGUGCAACAUAGGGUUCUCAAUUGCUUUGAGAAAAAUAAUAGAGACUUCUGUACAUUUAGAAAGGUUCUUAGCACAAAAUUUCUCUUUUAGCCUGGUUGGUGUGGUUUAGUGGUUAAGCGUUGAUCCACACACCAACAGGUUGCUGCUUUGAUCCCAUCAGGACACACGACAGGGUUUCAAGCUUGAUCCCCAGUAGGGGGCAUGCAUGAGGCAGAUGAUUGAUGAUGUUUCUCUCUCAUCAACGUUUCUAUCUCUCCCUUCCCCUUCCACACACUCUAAAAAUCAAUAAAAAUAUUUUUUAAAGAUAUUUCUUUUUUAGAAAAAAAAAAAAACUACUUGAGAAAACAAUGUCUUUAGAUAAUUAAAAUGCAGAUAAAGAAAAAGGAAAAUCUAUCCAUAAAAAGAAAACUAACCAAGAAACAAAGUAUAGAUGUCCAUAAUGGAGGAAUUUUAAUAAUUAGAACAUUAAAAUUAUAAUUAUAAUUGUAAAUAAUUUACAAUAAUAAUUGUAAAUGAAAAUGGGUAGAAUUAGGUUCACAGCAAGUUUUCCUAUUAUAAAAUAUCAGAAAUAGCCACAUUAAAAAUUUAGUUGGAAAAUAAUAGGUAGGUCUAAUUUUAAAUAUUACUAAAUUAUCUUAUUAUUUUUUUUAGUAUUUUAAUAAUUCAUAUAUAUACUUUUUCCCUCUGGAAGUUUGAGUUUAAUUCAUAAGCCUCAGAGGACAUGAGUACUAUAUAAAGUCAGGGAGCAGGAAAAUUAUUUCCAAUAGUUAAAUGAACCUAAACAAGAGAAUGAAUUGCAGGAUUUAAGUUUAGAUUUAUUGAAAUAAACAAGUAUAAAGGAAACUAGCCUAAACUAGACUAGGCUUUACAAAAAUCUCUUCUAAGUAAACAUUUCCACUUCAAAUUAUACAUAUUUAAAAACUAGCAUUUAUUUGUUAGCAUAUAUUUUAAUAUUAGGGGGAGAUUUUAGCAUAAAAUUCUGAAAGCAAGUGUUCUUAAUUAUAGUAUUAAAGCAUCUUAUAGAGGAAUAUUUAAUACUAGAGGCCCCAUGCCUGAAAUUCAUGCACUUGUGGGGGGGUGUCCCUCAGCCCAGCCUACACUCUCGCCAGUCUGGAACCCCUCGUUGGACAUC